AUGUCUACCAGAGUUAAUUGUGUUAUCAUCAUUAAAGUUUGUCUAUAUUCUUGUUGUUUUAAUCGAAAAUAUUUAUAUCAUUGUAAAUUUGUUGAUGUUGAUUCCAAAGUUGUUGAUUCAGUAAAUGCUGUUGAUAAUGUUGUUGAAACAAAUGAUUGUGAUCCACUUGAUGCUAAUGCUGAUACUAAUUCUAAACUUGUUGGUGAUAUUGUUGUUGUUGGUGAUAUUAUUUCAGAUACUGUUGUUAAUAUUGUUGCAGAUGUUGUUGUAGGUACUGUUGCAAGUGCUGUUGUAGCUAUUGCUACAGGUGGUGUUGCAAAUAUUGGUGCAGAUGUUGUCACAAAUGGUGUUGUAGAUAUUGUUAUUGAUGUAGUUGCUAUUACAGUUGUUGCUACAGUUGUUGUUAUUAGAAUUGAUAUUGCAGAUGUAGAUAUAGAUACUUCAAUUAUUGAAUUAGAAUUUUCUUUAUACCAUUUG